AUGGACCAGGAAGGUAAAGCAAGCCCAGUAGGAAGUGAUAGUAGCUCCAUUCCAGAUGAAAUGGGCUCAGAACCAAAGCGGACCUUACCUUUUAGAAAAGGGCCAAAUUUUACUAUGGAAAAAUUUCUAGAUCCUUCUCGCCCAUAUAAAUGUACAGUGUGCAAAGAAUCUUUCACUCAAAAGAACAUUCUUUUGGUCCAUUAUAAUUCAGUGUCUCAUUUACAUAAACUCAAAAAAGUGUUGCAGGAAGCAUCCAGUCCUGUCCCUCAAGAAGCUAACAGCGGCACUGAUAACAAACCCUACAAAUGCAGCAUUUGUAAUGUUUCUUACAGCCAAAGUUCUACACUAGAAAUCCAUAUGAGAUCUGUGCUUCAUCAGACUAAGGCAAGGGCUGCAAAAUUAGAACCAAGCACGAAUGCAAUGAGUGGAAAUAGCAUAGCAGGGAAUGUUAAUAGCCCCAACCAAGGCAUGGUAGAUCCUACAAGUUUACCAGCAGUUAACAGCAAGGAAAGCCACAUAGAUGCCAAAGAAUUAAAUAAAAAACAAGUUUCUGAUAUAGUUUCUGCUCAGCCUACACAUCAUCCUCCUCCCCAGUCACCAGCACAACUGCAAAUGCAAUUACAGCAUGAAUUGCAACAGCAAGCAGCUUUCUUCCAACCCCAGUUUCUAAACCCAGCAUUUUUGCCUCAUUUUCCUAUGACACCUGAGGCACUUUUGCAAUUUCAACAGCCACAGUUUCUUUUUCCAUUUUAUAUUCCUGGGACAGAGUUCAGUUUAAGUCCUGAUCUGGGUUUGCCUGGUUCUGCUACAUUUGGUAUGCCUGGAAUGGCAGGUAUGGCAGGAUCACUACUAGAAGAUCUAAAACAGCAGAUGCAAACCCAACACCAUGUUGGUCAAACUCAGCUACAGAUACUACAGCAGCAAGCGCAACAAUAUCAAAACACACAACCUCAACUUCAGUCGCAAAAACAACAGCAAACUAGUAAGAUGGUCAAAACAGAGCAGAAUAGUGUAGUGAGUGCAGAGUGCCAGAUGAUGAAGGAUACACCAUCGUAUAAGGAAUCAGAUGAGAUUUCUGAGAAACAAGAAAAACCAAAGCAAGAAUUCACAAGUGAUAGUGAAGGAAACAUAAAAGAAAACAAAGAUAUGAAGAAACAGAAGUCCUCAGAACCAACCAUUCCACCACCUAGAAUUGCUUCUGGGGCAAGAGGAAAUGCAGCCAAGGCAUUGUUGGAAAACUUUGGCUUUGAGUUGGUUAUUCAGUAUAAUGAGAACAGGCAGAAGGUACAGAAAAAAAACAAAACUGGUGACUGUGAAAACACAGACAAAUUGGAAUGUUCAGCAUGUAGUAAAUUAUUUUCAAACAUCCUUAUAUUGAAGAGCCAUCAAGAACAUGUUCAUGGCCAGUUCUUUCCAUAUGGUGCACUGGAAAAGUUUGCCCGUCAAUACAGGGAAGCUUAUGACAAACUUUAUCCAAUUUCGCCAUCUUCUCCAGAGCCACCACCUCCACCACCACUGCCACCUCAACCUGCAACUCCUUCACAACCUUCUUCAUCCAGCUCUGGAAAAAUUCAAAGCUUGACUCCCACUCCUUUGCAAGCUCCACCACCAACGCCUCCGCCACCACCUCCACCACCACCUCCGCCACCGCCGCCGCCACCACCACCUUCAGCACCACCACCUGUGCAGCUACCAGUUUCAUUGGAUCUUCCCCUUUUCCCUCCAAUUAUGAUGCAGCCAGUGCAACACCCAGCACUGCCUCCUCAGCUUGCCCUACAACUACCACCAAUGGAUGCUUUGUCUGCAGAUCUCACUCAGCUUUGUCAGCAACAGCUAGGAUUAGAUCCCAAUUUCCUACGACAUUCUCAGUUCAAGCGGCCACGCACAAGAAUCACAGAUGACCAGCUGAAAAUCUUGCGAGCAUAUUUUGAUAUUAACAAUUCUCCAAGUGAAGAACAGAUUCAAGAAAUGGCUGAGAAAUCUGGCCUUUCCCAAAAAGUUAUCAAACACUGGUUUCGAAAUACUCUAUUUAAGGAACGACAAAGAAACAAGGAUUCCCCAUACAAUUUUAGCAACCCCCCCAUAACAGUUUUGGAAGAUAUAAGAAUUGAACCACAGCCCAGUUCUUUAGAACAUUACAAAUCUGAUUCAGCUUUCAACAAGCGAUCAUCUAGAACUAGAUUUACUGAUUACCAGCUUAGAGUUCUACAAGAUUUUUUUGACACAAAUGCUUAUCCAAAAGAUGAUGAAAUUGAACAACUUUCAACAGUACUUAACCUGCCUACUCGGGUUAUUGUUGUAUGGUUCCAAAAUGCACGGCAGAAGGCUCGUAAAAGUUAUGAGAAUCAAGCUGAAACUAAAGAUAAUGAGAAGAGAGAGCUUACCAAUGAGAGAUACAUUCGGACUAGCAACAUGCAAUAUCAAUGUAAAAAGUGCAGUGUAGUUUUCCCUAGAAUAUUUGACUUAAUCACACAUCAGAAAAAAUUGUGUUAUAAAGAUGAAGAUGAUGAUGCACAAGAUGAAAGCCAAACAGAAGAUUCCAUGGAUGCCACAGAUCAAACACUUUACAGGAACUUCACACUUUCUGGUCCAACUGACUCAUCGAAAAAUAUGGCUAUAACAACAACAGCAAGCUCUGGCUCUGGUUCUAGUACUCCUUUAAUGCCAUCACCCAAACCCGAGCCUGAAAAAAACUCUCCUAAACCUGACUCAACAGAAAAGCCAAAGCAAAAUGACAUCGUACCUAAGCAAGUGGAGACUUCAUCCCAAAGCACCAAAUCAGUGCAGUCUGCACCAACAACCUCCUCUGAUCCACAAUCCUCAACCUCUCAAACACUGCAACAGAAACAGUCCCAAAUAGGAGGCAGGCCACCUUCUACAUCACAAACAUCUGUUCCUUCCAGCCCUUUAACAAUCCCAAUUGCUCCUCUUCAGAAUAGUCUACCUCCUCAGUUAUUACAGUACCAAUGUGACCAGUGUACAAUUGCCUUUCCCACUCUAGAACUUUGGCAAGAGCACCAGCACAUGCAUUUCUUAGCAGCCCAAAACCAAUUCCUUCAUUCUCAGUUUUUAGAAAGACCCAUGGAUAUGCCCUAUAUGAUAUUUGAUCCAAAUAACCCUCUGAUGACUGGACAGUUGCUAAGCAGUUCUUUAGCUCAGAUGGCACCACAAGGAGGCUCAGCUCAUACAGCCCACCACACUGCUUCAAUUCCUGGUUCACUUAAACGAAAACUGGACGAUAAGGAAGAUAACUGUAGUGAAAAAGAAGGGGGAAACAGUAGUGAAGACCUACACCGGGAUAAGCGAUUAAGAACUACAAUUACUCCAGAACAAUUGGAAAUACUCUAUGAGAAAUACCUUGUAGAUUCAAAUCCUACCAGAAAAAUGCUUGAUCAUAUUGCACGUGAAGUGGGACUCAAGAAGAGGGUUGUGCAAGUCUGGUUUCAGAACACAAGAGCUCGAGAAAGAAAAGGACAAUUCCGUGCAGUGGGUCCAGCCCAGUCUCAUAAAAGAUGUCCUUUUUGCCGAGCACUGUUUAAAGCCAAGUCUGCUUUAGAAAGUCACAUUCGCUCUCGGCACUGGAAUGAAGGAAAACAAACAGGUUAUAGUUUGCCACCAAGUCCUUUAAUAGGCACUGAAGAUGGAGGGGAGAGCCCACAAAAAUACAUGUGUUUUGAUUAUCCAUCACUAUCAUUAACAAAGAUUGAUUUAUCGAGUGAAAAUGAAUUGGCUUCUACUGUCUCAACUCCUGUUAGUAAAACUGCAGAAAUGUCACCGAAGAAUCUUUUAAGUCCUUCUUCCUUCAAAGCAGAAUGCAGUGAAGACAUAGAUAAUCUGAAUGCUGCUCCUGUUGAUGGUGGCUAUGAUCAGAAUAAAACAGACUUUGAUGAAACUUCAUCAAUUAAUACAGCAAUUAGUGAUGCUACAACAGGAGAUGAAGGAAAUAAUGAAAUGGAAAGUAUGACUGGUAGUUCAGGAGAUGUGAAAUCCACAUCAUCUCCUAAAGAGCCAAAAACUAUUCUGAAUGACAAUUUGCCAAAAAAUACAAACAUGCCUAAUGUGGAGAACAGUGAUGACAAAUUUCUCUUCUCCCUGACUAGCCCGUCAAUACAUUUCAGUGACAAAGACAGUGAACAUGACCAAAAUGUUUACAUUACUGAUGAUCCUGAUGAUAAUGCUGAUCGCAGUGAAACAUCAAGCAUCGCUGAUCCAAGUUCACCUAAUCCAUUUGGAGCCAACAACCCCUUUAAAUCUAAAAGCAGUGAUCGGCCAGGUCACAAACGAUUUCGGACACAAAUGAGUAACCUACAGCUUAAAGUCCUGAAGGCUUGCUUUAGUGACUAUCGGACACCAACCAUGCAAGAAUGUGAAAUGCUAGGGAAUGAGAUUGGCCUGCCCAAACGUGUGGUUCAGGUUUGGUUUCAGAAUGCUCGAGCAAAAGAAAAGAAAUUCAAAAUUAACAUAGGGAAACCAUUCAUAAUAAAUCAGAACGCAACAGAUGGAUCAAGACCAGAAUGUUCUCUAUGUGGGGUGAAGUAUUCUGCACGUUUGUCCAUAAGAGACCAUAUCUUUUCCAAACAACAUAUUUCAAAAGUGCGAGAAACUGUGGGAAGUCAGCUGGACCGGGAAAAAGACUACUUAGCUCCUACAACUGUUAGACAGUUGAUGGCACAGCAAGAAUUGGAUCGUAUAAAGAAGGCUACAGAUGUACUAGGCUUAACAGUGCAGCAGCCAGGCAUGAUAGACAGCAACUCGCUUCAUGGAAUCAGUUUGCCAGCAGCUUACCCAGGACUUCCUGGACUUCCUCCAGUUCUUCUGCCUGGAAUGAAUGGUCCAUCUUCCUUAUCUGGAUUUCCUCAAAGUUCAAACACUUUAACAUCUCCCAGUGCAGGCAUGCUUGGGUUUCCUUCUUCAGCUACUUCGUCUCCUGCCCUCUCUCUGAGCAAUGCCCCUUCCAAACCUUUGCUGCAGACUCCACCGCCACCUCCACCACCUCCUCC